CUACCCCCAUCCCCCUCCUGAGUCUAUUGCCCUCCAGCCUCCCACUUACCUACCCCCAUCCCCCUCCUGAGCCUAUUGCCCUGCCUCUGGCCUCCCACCUACUUACCCCCAUCCUCCUCAGAACCUAUUGCUCCUCUGUUCUCCCACCUACCUACCCCCAUUCUCCUCCAGCCUCUCACCUACCUACCCCCAUCCUCCUCCAGGGCCUAUUGCCCCAACCUCGCUUCCCUCUCCGGAGCCCAUUGCCUCUCCAGCCUCCCAUCAACCUACCUACCAUCCUCCUCUAGAGCCUAUGGCCCCUCCAGCCUGCCAUUUACCUACCACCCAACCCCCUCCAGAGCCUAGUGCCCCUCCAGCCUCCCAUCUACUCACCCUCAUCCCCCUCCAGAGCAAGAAUGUCCCUGCCCUUCCAGUUCCAGCAUCUCAUCUACCUUCCCCCAUUCCUUCAGAGCAAUAGCCCCCAGCUUCUCUUCUGUCUGUUCCCUGUGAAGAUCCUUCCUGUUCCUCCAGUUUUCUGUCCAUUUUAGCAGUCCCCCAGGAAGGACAACCCUUCCUCCCAUCUACCUAAUCUCCACUGGCAAUAGCAGAGCAAGCACCUCCCUCUUCUUCAAACACAUCUCUGAAUCUCUGUUUCCUUCCCACUUUUCCACUGCCACUUCCAGGCCUCUCAUUGCAGCCACCAUUGCUCUAUUAUAUUUUUAUCACUCUUUUAUAGUUUAAUUUAAUUGACGGUUGAUGAUCCCCCUCCCAGCUGGAAGGGGAAGGAUUAUGCAGGUCACUCCUUGAUUGCUUAGAGUGGCAGCUUCUUUGCAUUCCAGAUCCCUGCUGGCUUGGGGAGCAGGAGGCUGGAAAAUGAAAGUUGGAUUGAAAAGUAUUUACUAUCAGGCUAUCCUUUCUUCCCCCACCCCACCUCCAAUCUUUAGCAGAGGAGUUAAAUGGUCAAGAGCAAUAUGUCUGGGAUUGCUCUGUGCCUGAAUUUGCCACUGAUUGGCUGAGUGACUUUGUGGAAGUCAUUUCACCUCUCUGGAGAUAACACUUUUCUAACUCAUAAUAAGAGUGUUGAGAUGAUUAUUUAAUGUAUUUAUAUCCUAAGAUAUAAAAUAGUGUAUAAGUGUUAAGAGCCCUAUGUAAUUGAAAACAAUUUCUUGGUGAUAGCCAGAAACAAAUCUACGUUAGCAUUACGUGAGAUCCUGUUUAAAGGCUGUUGAGAAAUUACCGUACCUUUUUUCCUGGAUUUUUCUUUUAAGAUGACAAAAAGAACUUAAAAGGAAUGAAAGAAUCUUAAACAGGGAUGACUAAAGCCCUAGGCCUGCUAGCUGAUCUUUGCAGAGUGGCCAUUCAGGUCAAGAGAGUUCCACCUGGGCAGAGAGGUUGGCCCAUGUGGUCAGAUUGCAGGAUGGGGAGUUGGGGAGAGGAGAAUGGUUUGGUUAAGGCACAGGACUCAGGUCAGGAUACCUUGGUUUUGUGUUUAUCUCUGGCACAGACUUCUUAUGUGAGAUUGGGCAAGACUUGCAGCCUCACUUUUUAAAUAGGCCAUUGAUUUUGAGUGCCUGACACACCUUUGGCCUGAUUUUUCAAAGGUGCUGAGCACCUCUAGCUGUCAUGCACUUGCUACUGCAAUACAAAUAAUAACAUAACUUCUCAAAAUUGGACUCAGGUUGAGCACCCACAACUAUUUCAUUCGGCAGAAAAUCCUGUUUUCUCUAUGCAAGCUAACAUUUUUACUUUUAAAUUUCAGAUUAACCUUCUAUGGGUUAAUAACAGAGAGAAAACUACCAGAAAUCAGACAGAAACUUCCCAAUUAUCUGAUUAGUUCCACAUUUACUGGCUAACAACUUUCCCAGAUGGAACUAGACAAAUCAAUCAGUAGUCCUGUUACUAAAAAGCCUAAUGAAGAUGCUGCAGUGAGUUGCAGGAAAAGAUUAUCUUUUCUAGAUUAUAUAAAUGUAUCAGAAGAUGACCAGAAAUUAAGAGAGACAGUGAAAGUAAUUGCAGGAAAAGAAGUAACUGCAAAGGCCAUUUACUUUCUUACCUUUGGACUCUACUUGGUUAAAAGCUUUACCCAGCAACGAUUAGAUAUAGUAGGAGUGACCUACAACAGCAAGACUAGAAGACUGAUCCUCGUGGAUGGCAAAGGGUUGUUCAGCUUGGAUUUAUUUGCUUCUAAGACUGUAGGUGAGAGAGAUCUUUAUCUGUCAGGCUCAAGAGUUAAAAGGGAAAUGGAUUUUCACAAGUACCAAUUCAACAUAGUGAGAAGCAUCACUUACUGUGAAAAAUUCAAUGUUUACUUUGUACUGAGAAGAGACUAUGCACUUAAGGUGUAUAAUAAGGAUUAUGAAGAGAUCUGCUCAGUAGAGAACGUGGAGUCAUGUCUGUUGACACUUAUGGUAUUCAAUCCUGUGAGCGAUGAACUCAUUACAGGAGGACUCAAAGGCAUAAAGUUCUGGAAGUUUAAAGAAACAGAGAGUACAGAUUACUCUGAUGCAGUUCACAUGUCCAAUUACAAGCUGUUCCCCAGUGCAGAAUUCCCACACAUGAGGCAAAUCUGGUGUACAAAUAUGGAGUUUGAUGUCAAUAUGCAAAGACUUUAUUGCUUUUCUAAUUGCGAUCUCUUCUGCUAUGAUACCAAAGGGAAUAUACUGUUUCAGCUAACCAAUGCCCACCGAAGUACCAUUCUCUCCUGCGUCUAUUCAUCAUACUCCAAUGCUUUGCUUACCUCCUCCAGGGACUCUGAAAUAAAAUCUUGGAAUGACCAGGGCUGUUUGUUGCAUGUGUUUCAUGGCCAUGCGAGGUCUGUCACGCACCUCCUCCUCCAUCCAAACACUUUGUCUUUAUUUAUCUCUGGAUCUUUGGAUGGGACAGUGAAACUCUGGUCCCUGGAUACAAUGGAGCUGUUUUACAGUUUAUCGUUGUUCACUGAAGGAAUUGUUUGGAUGGGCCUGACUGAGGAUAAGUUGCUGUACUGCUCUUCUGCCCGCAAUCUUCAUGUGUAUGAUUUGAACUAUUUUACCAAAUUCUGGACUCAUGUCAGCAGUCAGAUUAAGGCACUGUCCCUCUGUGGUGCCAAUGGGAAAUCCAGCAGGGUGGUAGCUAUGGGUUCUGAUAACAGUUUACGAAUUUUCUCUCUGCAUAAUGGGACAAAGUUAUGUACCGUGCUGCCGCCUCCCUAUCCUUCUCCACUCCAGUCAGUUCUCAGCUUUGCCUAUAAUCGAACCAAUGGAACAAUUUACUUCCUCCUGACUUCUUGGGAUAUAUGGGUCUACACAGCGAGAACUGAUCCUGCAUGUAGGGCAGCAGUGUGGACAACUGAAGAAAUACACCAGCACUUAAACAGAAAACAUCCCUUAGCCUCUUGUGUACAGAAGAAUGAAUAUUUUCAACAUACUCGAAAGGAGAGUGUAAGAGAUCCAGUGAGAUGCAAAUGUCUCUGCAGCCUGUCCUCCCCAAUAUGCUACUGGAUAGAUGAAGGGCUGGUGUAUGCAGAUACCCAGGAAUUUCUGGUUCUUGGUAUGCAGGAUGGAAGAAUCCUGUUUCUGCACACAUCAAUACAAAAUCUAGUAUAUUAUGAGAUGAAGGCCUAUAAAGAUCCAGUAAUUGAAUUAAAACAUGAUAUAGAUCACCAUCAACUGAUAAAUAUGUGCCAGGAAUUGGAAUACAAAUUGGUGCAGAUCUGGAGUUUACCUGCCCUGCAGUUGCUUCACCAGAUCAAUAUCUCAAAUGAAACCAUUGUUUUCACCAGGAUUAACAGUUCACUGUUCCUUGGCCUGCAUUCUGGAGCUGUAAAUGUCUUUGAUGUUGAUGUUGAACAAGGCCCAGUGGAUCUGUUGGAGAAAAAGCCAGAGGGAAAUGAAGAACCAGAUAUCAGUCAUGAUUCUGAAAAUGCUCACAAAGGCCCUGUGGUAGCAGUGGAUGCCUGCAAGACUCUCUCUCUCUUUCUAAGCUGUGGUGCGGACUACAUGGUGAAACUCUGGGAUAUUCACAAGAAUUUGCUAGCCAACAUUUUUCUUGAUAACACUCUCAGCUCUGCUUGUUUCCUAAAUGGUUCUGGAGAUAUUUUAGUGGCUUUCAAAAAUGAUCUUUACAUCUUGCCUCACAGUAAGGCACUGGGUAUCUCAGCGACAGAUACAGAUGUCUCUGGAAUCUCAGCAACAGAGUCCUUCAUUUAUGAAAACCAAGCUUUAAAUUACCAAAAGGAAGGAAAAACUGAUGUCUCCAACAUCACUGACAUGGACUCUUAUCUGGUGCCUUACAUGGGAUUUAAUUUCACCAGUAACUUCACGACAGAACUGCUGGACCGAGAAAAGCUAUCUUGGAAGUUGCCGCUGGCCCCUUCCCGAAUAUAUUGUUCUCCCAGUAUCUCAGCGACUUCAUUGAAGAUAUUUGACUUCUUGUUUCAACCUGGACCUCUCAGCAUAGAUGAGCAAGAGAAGGCAGAACUCUCUGAAAGAAUGAUCCUGACUGAUGAUAUGAAAUACUUGCCUGGCCCCAGACCUGCAGGGGCUGUUGCUUUGGAAAUACCUGAGUUUGGAAUCUCCCCAUGUUCUUCUCCACCCAGUGUAUUUUCAGAGGCCCAGUCUGAGGAAGAGGUUGCUGAAACUGAGAGUGAAUCCCCCAAUACAGAAUCACUACAUCAAAUCCCAAGCACUGAACAGCAGCAGGUCAGUGAAGAAGCAGACGAGGAGAGAACAAACCUUCUAACAGAGGGAGAUUUCUGUUUGGACAAAAGUCAAACUUUACAGAUGAAGAGAAAAACAGGUUCUGAAAAAAGGACGAAAAAAGCUUCAAAGAGCGACAGAUUUCCAUCUGGCAAAGAAAAGAAGCUUGUGCCCAGGAAAUUAUCCAGUUCAGACGGUGCAGGUCUGAGAAAGACACAUAUACCAAAACAUAAAAGAUUUUCCUCAGACACACAGAAUGUCAUGAUGGCUAGAAACCCCAAGACUGUCUCCCGGGCCCAUUCGGCUAUUCCUAUAGGAGAGAAAAUGAUUCCUACUCCUCCACCUGAGGCUCUGGCACCAGCUGAGAAAAGGACCUUUCUGAGGAGGAAAAUUUAUCAACAGAAAGAUGGUAACAGUGUGACCUGGAGUGAUAAAGCCCUAGUGAGAUUGGAGACUUGGAGAAGAAAAGAAAAUGAAAGGACUGAGCAUGCCAAGAAGAAGCGAGCAAUACUGGAGCUCCAGAAACUGCAGCAUCUCCACUUUCCAACAAGCAACUGGUUCUGUACUCGACCAAUCACUUCCCAGCAAUAUCAGAAUUCGCAGAUUUCUGAAAACCUCUUUGAAACAGAGUUUGCUGCUUGGAUACAGCCUCACAAGAAGUCCCAUGUCCUUUCCCAUCCGUGCACUGUGAUGCAGGAGGGCCCCAUCAACUUUUCCAGGGAGUUUCCUUACAGACUAGCUUGGGGACCUGUGACCACCCAUGACUUGGAGGCAAAACUGUGUUACCCAAGGACGAUGCUGGACUUGUUUAAAGAAGGCAAAGCAAGCAGCCUCCUGACGGAGAGAAAUCUGCAACCAACAAAAUCAAUCCCUAGCAAAGGGAGGUACAUCUUGGUGAAUGCUGAGACUCCUUCAAUAUCCUCAACCCCGCCUGUAAGCAGCCCACUGGAAGACAGGUAUUUCUAUGGCACCAAUCACCAGAGCAUCAGAAUGACAUCUUUUUGUGUGGAGAGGGUUCAGACUCUCUUUCUUUGCUUGAAGCUGCUUUCCAGGGGAUGGUCACUGUGGGUGGUUUUCUUCCAGCGAAAAGUUGUUGAGCCAUUUUGCAGCCGGCAAUGUUGUGGGCAGUCUGUGCAAGAGUUUCAUCCAUUGAGUGGGAACCCAAAGCUCUGGUGGGUAAGUAAAGGAGGAGAUGAUUUUUUCCCCAAAUAUUUUGUUUAA